CAAAAGCUUUUAAGUUUCAUUAGGUCCCAUUUGUUUAGUUUUGCUUUUAUUUCCAAUAUUCUGGGAGGUGGGUCAUAGAGGAUCUUGCUGUGAUUUAUGUCGGAGAGUGUUUUGCCUAUGUUCUCCUCUAGGAGUUUUAUAGUUUCUGGUCUUACAUUUAGAUCUUUAAUCCAUUUUGCCACUCAGCCUUCUUGAUGGUCCAGCUCUCAUAUGCAUACAUGACUACUGGAAAAAACAUCGCUUUACUAUACAGACCUUUGUGGGCAAAGUAAUGUCUCUCCUUUUUAAUAUGCUGUCUAGAUUUGUCAUUGCUUUAUGAAAUAAAGACCUAAAAUAUAUUACACUUUGCAAAUAGAAAGUGAACAAUUCUAAUUCUGUUCAUACUGAACAUAUAAUCAAUUUGAAAUUACAUUAUGGAUAUUAUUUAGUUUAGUGUAAUUUCCUAAACAAGUUUUUGGGAAAGAUACUUAACAGUCAGGCUUCCCUGGUGGCUCAGACAGUACAGAAUUCGCCUGCAAUGCACAAGACCUGGGUUCGAUCCCUGGGUUGGGAAGAUCCCAUGGAGGAGGGCAUGGCAACCCACUCAAGUAUUCUGGCCUGGAGAGUCCCACGGACAGAGGAGCCUGGCAGUCCAUGGGGUCCAUGGAGUCCAUGGGGUCACAAAGAAUCUGACACAGCUGAGUGACUAAGCACUUCCUUCGAAGUAUAGGAUAGAGCAUUGUAAAGAAUAAUGCACUUCUCAUCAAAAGAAAAAGAAAUGUUUUUUUCUCCUAUUUUGCUUUCUCUUUUUAGGUUAUCUAUACAAAAUUAUGGAUGCUAGGUAAACUUAUUGUGCUAAUCGUUUCACAGUGUACAUAUCAGUUAAUUUUUCUCUGUAGCUUAAAUUUACACAAUGAUAUUUGUCAUCGAAAGAAUUGCUUAUACAACCCCCUUUAUGUCACUGUUUAGAGAGUUGGGUUUAGACAGGGAAAUAAUUAAAACACGUUGGAUAAAAGAAACAAUAACACAGUUUAUAAUCAUUUAAAAUGUCUUGCUCUUUUAAAGGCUUUGGUUAGUGACCCAAAUGAUCACAUCUCUUAAGUCCUCCAUCUCAGACACCCAGGUACUGACCCUGAGAUUGUUAAACUCAGCACUAUGCUGAGUUUGCUGUUUUGUAGGGUGUCAGUAGGGAAUAGCCCAUUUCUACCCAGGGAGAGUUUUGUUAUUUGUAAUAUACACACUAGUCCCAUUCUUGUUUCUUAAAACUGCCCAAGUUCCCAGAUCCCUGAAUUGCUUCAGCCUCACUAGCAGGAUCUGAGCACAACAUGCUGUGAAAAACAGCUUUUUAUUGCGAAUAAACCCUUUUAGUCUUAAGAGGAAGGAUCUUGGUUCCGACAUAACUUGAAGCUUUUACCUGAGCAGUGUUACAGAUGUAACUUAAUCCUGUCAAGGUAACAGGCCCCGCCCCCGUCCGCGCCCCGCCCCUCCCACGAGCAGCGGGCACGGCGAUGCUCGCCCCGCCCCUCGUCGGAAGCCGCGGCUCUAAUACCAAAAGCCCUUUCCCACGGACCCGGAAGUUGGAGAGCGCGGAGCCGAGGUCCCCGAGCGGCGCCUAAGAUUCUUUCCUUGCCUGAGCACUUUCUUCCCUUCAUCUCGUACAUUUGAAAUUUUCUUUGACCUCUGAAGACUUGUGUUGCCUGAGGAAGCCCUGAAGUUGAGGAAGAGGAAAGAACAGGAGUCAGGCAUGGCUGUUUCUCAGGAACAACUGACCUCUGAGGAUGUAGCCAUCAAAUUCACUCAGGAGGAGUGGGAAUUCCUGGACCCUGCUCAGAGGGCCUUGUACAGGGAUGUGAUGCUGGAGACCUACAGGAACCUGCUGUCUGUGGAUAUCUCUCCUACACAUGUGAUCAAGCAUUUACAACCCAAAGCAAACAGUGAUAAACGAGAACCAUUCCAAACAUUGAUGCUGGGAAGAUCUGAAAGCUGUGAAAUCAAACAUUUUCAUCUUUUGGGAAGUCAGGAAAAUAUGUGUGACUUUGAGUGUCAGGGGAGAGAUGACAAAAGAAAUCACAAAGGAACACCUGUAAGCCUUGAUGGAAAUGUGCCUGAUGGAAGAGUUUCACAUGAUGGAAAGGAUGUAGGAAUCAAGCCCUUUGGAAACAGGCUUGGGUUUAACUUUCAGGAUACACUGCAGAUAUUUCAAACUGGCAGGACAAUUUCUGAAUAUAAUGAGGUUGAGAGGUCUGUCAACAACAGUUUCUCAUUUUCCCCACUUCAAAGAAUUCCUCCUUGUGUCCAAACCAGUGUUUCUAAUAUAUAUGGGAAUGAUUUUAGGAAUCUUUCAGUAAUAACACAAGACCUCAAAGCACACAGGGAAAAACCUUAUAAAUGUGAUGAUUGUGGGAAAGCCUAUCUUAAGGACUCAUACCUCAUUAAACAUCAGGCCAUCCAUACAAGAGAGAAACUACAUAAACAUGAAGUCGGUGACAAAUUGUUUGAUCAAAGUUCACAGCUUGCACGUCAUUUGAAAAUUCAUUCUGAAGUGACAUGUUACAAAUAUAGUGAGUAUGGCAAAACCUUUACUGAUAGCUCACACCUCAGGAGACAUCAGAAAAUUCAUACAGGAGAGAAACUAUUUAAAUGUGAUAUCUGUCACAAAGUCUUCAGUCAAAAUGCACACCUUGCUGUUCAUCAGAGGGUUCAUACUGGAGAAAAACCUUACAAAUGUGAUGAGUGUGGCAAGGUCUUUUGUGUAAAGUCAAUCCUUUUAAGGCAUCAGACAGUUCAUACUAGAGAGAAACCUUACAGAUGUGAUGAGUGUGGCAAGGCCUUUACUGAUAGCUCAAACCUCAGGAAACAUCAGAAAAUUCAUACAAGAAAGAAAUUAUUUAAAUGUGAUAUAUGUGACAAAGUCUUCAGCCAAAAUGCACACCUUGCUGGUCAUCAGAGGGUUCAUACUGGAGAAAAACCUUACAAAUGUAAUGAGUGUGGCAAGCACUUUAGUCAGCUUUCACAGUUGAUAAGUCAUAAGAGAUUUCAUGCUGCAGAGAAACCUUACAAAUGUGAUGAGUGUGGUAAGGCUUUUCCUGUGAAGUCAACCCUUUUAAGGCAUCAGACAGUUCAUACUGGAAAGAAACCUUACAAUUGUGAUGAGUGUGGUAAGGCCUUUCGUGUAAAGUCAGUCCUUUUAAGGCAUCAGACAGUUAAUACUGGAGAGAAACCUUACAAUUGUGAUGAGUGUGGUAAGGCCUUUCGUGUAAAGUCAAUCCCUUUAAGUCAUCAGAGAGUUCAUACUGGAGAGAAAGCUUACAAAUGUGAUGAGUGUGGCAAGGCCUCUCGUGUAAAGCCAGUCCUUUUAAGGCAUCAGACACUUCAUACUGGAGAGAAACCUUACAAAUGUGAUGAGUGUGGCAAGGCCUUUCGUGAAAAGUCAACCCUUUUAAGUCAUCAGAGAGUUCAUACUGGAGAGAAACCUUACAAAUGUGAUGAGUGUGGUAAGGCCUUUCGUGUAAAGCCAGUCCUUUUAAGGCAUCAGACAGUUCAUACUGGAGAGAAACCUUACAAAUGUGAUGAGUGUGGCAAGGCCUUUCGUGAAAAGUCAACCCUUUUAAGUCAUCAGAGAGUUCAUACUGGAGAGAAACCUUACAAAUGUGAUGAGUGUGGCAAGGCCUUUCGUGAAAAGUCAACCCUUUUAAGUCAUCAGAGAGUUCAUACUGGAGAGAAACCUUACAAAUGUGAUGAGUGUGGUAAGGCCUUUCCUGUGAAGUCAACCCUUUUAAAGCAUCAGAGAGUUCAUACUGGAGAGAAACCUUACAAUUGUGAUGAGUGUGGCAGGGCCUUUCGUGUAAAGUCAGUCCUUUUAAGUCAUCAGAGAGUUCAUACUGGAGAGAAACCUUACAAAUGUGAUGAGUGUGGUAAAGCCUUUCGUGUAAAGCCAGGCCUUUUAAGGCAUCAGAGAGUUCAUACUGGAGAGAAACCUUACAAAUGUGAUGAGUGUGGUAAGGCCUUUCGUGUAAAGCCAGUCCUUUUAAGGCAUCAGACACUUCAUACUGGAGAGAAACCUUACAAAUGUGAUGAGUGUGGCAGGGCCUUUACUGACAGCUCAAACCUCAUGAGACAUCAGAAAAUUCAUACAGGAAAGAAAUCAUUUAAAUGUGAUAUAUGUGACAAAGUCUUUAGCCGAAGUGAUCACCUUGCUGGUCAUCAACGGGUUCAUUUUGGAGAGAAACCUUACAAAUAUAAUGAGUGUGGCAAGCACUUUAGUCAACCUUCACAGUUCAUAAGUCAUAAGAGAUUUGAUACUGGAGAGAAACCUUACAAGUGUGAUGAGUGUGGAAAGGCCUUUCAUGUAAAGUCAACCCUUUUAAGGCAUCAGACAGUUCAUACUGGAGAAAAACCUUACAAAUGUGAUGAGUGUGGCAAAGCCUUUCGUGUAAAGUCAACCCUUUUAAGUCAUCAGACAGUUCAUACUGGUGAGAAACCUUACAAAUGUGAUGAGUGUGGAAAAGUCUUCGGUCAAAAACCACAUCUUCGCCUUCAUUGGAGAAUUCAUACUGGAGAGAGACCUUAUAGAUGUAAUGAGUGUGGCAAGUUCUUCAGUCGAAAUUCACACCUUACAAGUCAUCGGAGAAUACAUAUAGAGAAACCUUUCAAAUGUUUCGAGUGUGGAAAAUCCUUUACUCAGGUCUCAGCACUCACUAAACAUCAGAAAAUCCAUACAUGAGAGAAACUUAUGUGAAUGUGGUAUAUGGUAGAAGUCUUCAAAAUUCAAAGUUCAAACUUCACACCCUACUGUUGGUCAGAGAACUCAUACUACUGAGAAACCAUACAAAUAUCAUGAGUGUGGCAACAUCUUAGGCUUCAUGGGAAAAUUCAUACUGGAUAGAAGCCAGAUAUAUAUGUGUUUAUUAGUCAGGUUAGAACAUGUCAGGUAGAACAUGAAUUCAUUCUGGAAAGAUUCCUCACCAAUUUCACAAAUGUGAAAGAAAAAACCCUAUCCUCACAGCUCACAUCUCGCCAGUAGCAUCAGAGUAUUUAUCCUGGAGAAAACACACAGCAAUGUCAAGUGUGUGGCAAGGAUCUUACCCCAAAGUCACAAGGUAGGAACAUAGUGGAGCCAUACUUCCCAGACUCAGUGGUUGUGGCUAGUCCUUUACCUUUUUCUAUGUAUUCUCUGAUGACUUUAGUUCAGGUACUCAGCCACUGGAGUAAGCCUAUAUUUGCAGAGAAGCUAUAUAGAUCUUUUCGUGUAAAAGAAACCCGAAUUCUAACUCAGCAAAGAUGAUUCUUUGGGACAGUAAUCCACCAUCUUUUUGGUCUCUUGGCUUUCUGAAUAAAGUCACUAUUCCUUGCCCAACAAA